UUAUUAUUCUUUUAAAGUUAUUUGGGCAUCUGAGAAUUCCUCUCAUGUUCUUGGGAUGUUUUGACAAAUAGGUGACUCUACACAGUGAUGGUCUUCUCGGAUUCCAAAUUUCUUCAUGUCAGAGACUUUUUUCCAAAGGGUUUCUAAUUAUUGAAGGUACUAGCUUAAGCAAAAGAGCACCAGAUUUUUGAAUCUGAUAUUUCUGGUUAUAAAUUGCGUAUAUUAUUGGGUUUAGCAAGCUGAGGAAGAAAGUAUUAUGGAGUGCAAUAAAGAUGAGGCUGUCAGGGCUAAAGACAUUGCAGAGAGGAAGUUUACAGAGAGAAACUAUGCUGGUGCAAAGAAAUUUGCUCUAAAGGCUCAAAAUUUGUAUCCUGAGCUUGAAGGGCUCUCUCAAAUGUUGACAACACUUGACGUUUAUAUCUCUGCAGAAAACAAAAUAGGUGGGGAAGCAGAUUGGUAUGGUGUACUUGGCGUAAAUCCAUUGGCUGAUGAUGAGACCGUAAAGAAGCAAUACAGGAAGCUAGCUCUCACUCUUCACCCUGAUAAAAACAAGUGUUUAGGUGCAGAGGGAGCAUUUAAGUUGGUUUCCGAGGCCUGGAGUUUGUUAUCGGAUAAGGCUAAGAGAUUGGCUUAUAACCAGAAGAGGAACUUAAAAGGAUUUCAGCAGAAAGCUUCAGCCUGGAGUGGUGGUCCAUCAGGGCCACCCAGAACAAAUGGAUUUCAUAAUGUUACUAGUAAUGUUGCUUCAACUGCAAGGAAUACCCAUUGCAAUAUUCGGGUGGGUCCUACUUCAGUUCCUCGUCCUCCGCAUAUCAAAACUGACACUUUUUGGACUGUUUGUAAUCGAUGCAAGACACAUUAUGAGUACCUCAGGAUUUAUUUAAAUCAUACUCUGCUUUGCCCAAAUUGUCAUGAGGCCUUUAUGGCUUUAGAGAAGCCUCCACCUCCAAAUGUCUUUAAGUCAUCCAGUUGGACUUCUCGCCAAACACAUCAGAACUCAAGACAUCAUGCUACAAGCAGUGACGCACAUAAUGCUGCUAGGAAUUGUAAAACUGCUCAAAAUUUGGAACCCGGGGAUCUGGGUCUGAAUUCAUUCAAUAACACUAACUUUCACUGGAAUUCUUUCUCAAGAGGGGCUGAUUUUAGUUGCACUGCUGCAUCAACUUCUGCUGCUGCUCAAGCUGCAACUGUGGUUCAACAGGCUAGUGAGAGAGUGAAGAGAGAACGUGAGGAUGCACGGUCGGCUGACAGCAAAUGGGAGAGGAGUCAUCUAUACAAGGGAAUGGGUAAUUCUGCCCUUACAGGAGAGAUGCCAAUGAAGAAGAGAAAGCUAGAUGACAGUUAUGGAGGCUAUGUGGCAAAUCAAAUGACCAUGGGAAAUGUAGGACCUGGCAUGGGAGGUGCAUCUGAAUCAACCAAGGGUUAUUCUGGAACAGAAAAGAUCUAUAGUUUUGCUGGCACACAUAAUAAGCCUAACAGUGAGAGAGAGUUGAUGUUUUUUGAAACAAAGAACAUGCUAAUGGAUAAGGCUCGGAUUGAACUCCGCAAGAAACUUAAAGAAUGGAGCUCAUUAGCUGAAACAAAUAAUGCGAACAAAGAGAAGGAAAAGGUGAAAAACAGAGAGACCAAGAAUCAACGGAGUGCGGUGAAUGAUGACACAUAUGACCUGCAUAAGGAAGGUGAGUCAGAUGUUAGUGGCAAAAGACAGCAAAACAAGAAGUCUCUGUCUAACUAUACGGAUGAUGAUACAGACCAAGAUUCCGUUGCAUCACUGUCAAUCAAUGUUCCAGAUUCUGACUUUCACAAUUUUGACCUGGACAGAACUGAAAGUUCCUUUGUGGAUAACCAGGUCUGGGCUGCAUAUGACGACGAUGAUGGCAUGCCUCGUUACUAUGCUCGAGUUCACAAGGUGAUCUCGUUGAAACCAUUUAAGAUGCGGAUCAGUUGGCUUAACUCAAGGAGCAACAAUGAAUUGGGCCCACUACACUGGAUAGGUUCCGGUUUUUCCAAAACUUGUGGGGAUUUCAGGGUUGGCAGACAGGAAACUACCGAAACAUUAAAUUCUUUCUCUCACAAGGUUACAUGGACAAAAGGAGCCCGUGGGGUCAUUUGCAUAUAUCCUAUGAAAGGAGAAGUCUGGGCUCUUUAUAGAAACUGGUCCUCGGAUUGGAAUGAGCAUACAUCUGCUGAUGUCAUACACAAAUAUGACAUGGUGGAAGUGCUUGAUGACUUUAACGUGGAACAAGGUGUGUCUGUUAUUCCCCUUGUAAAAGUUUCUGGUUUCAGGACUGUGUUUCACAAGCACAUGGACCCCAUGGAGGUCAGAAGGAUUCCCAAAGAAGAAAUGUUUCGCUUCUCUCAUCAGGUCCCUAAUUGCUUACUGACAGGCCAAGAAGCUGAUAUCGCUCCAAAAGACUGCCGGGAGUUAGACCCAGCAGCUACCCCUUUGGAACUCCUUCAGGUUAUAACGGAAUCUAAUGAGCCUGCAUUGAAGAACUGUGUCGAGGAAGAUGUGUUGCAGAGUAUCCCAAAAAGAAAUGUAAAGGAGACGGUGGGGAAUGCUCAGACAAGUAACCAAGAUGAUAGAGUGGCAGCAAAGGAUGACACGCUCACCAAAGAUGAUGAGAGAUAGUGGUGCUUGGCGCUGAUGGGUAAACGAUGCUAAAAAAGCUAAGAUUUCCUAUUUAGGAUGUGUUUCUCGCUGGAUACACCCCUUUUUGAGUUUUUUUUUUCUUUUUUUGCAAGCCUGACCCAUAUUGUAGAAAAUGCUUAAUUGGCUAUUCAUGGAUCAAAAGUGAUCCAGAGUGUUUUGGUUUUCUAGCUGUACAUUAUUGGGACAGUUAAGUUUCACAUGGAUGGAAGCUCAUGCAUGACCAUACUGAGUAUCACCAUCAGGUCUUUUUCUUCAAGCUAUAGAAGAUAAAAACGUUACAACCUUGACUUCAUGGGCAUUUCAUGAGCCAGAUGUGGAUGCUUCUCACCCUACUCGAUUUUGUUUCUAGUUUUUAUAUACAAGAUGUAUUUAUACGUUUUUUGUACGAGAUCUUAGAGAUUUUUUACGUGA